AUGCCAAAGAGAAAGGCAUCUGUAAGACAGAACUCUUCCAAUCCUCCAGAAAACCAGUUAGCCAAGAGAAAAGACCAAGCCGAUACUUCUCGAUCCGAGCCGGAAAAUAAUAUUUCUGUAACAGUGAAGGAAAGUCAAGUUCAACCGAGAGUUAUUCCGCCCACACAGGAGGAUGUUGGUCCAAUGCGAACAAAUGAAGACCAAACUGCCAGUGGGAUAGAACAUCAAGAAAAUGCUCAAGAUGGAGUAAAGAAGCCUGAAAAAAAACUAAUACAACGAUACAACCGACCACUGUAUAUAUGUUAUUGGGAUCCUCGAAUUAACGUUGCAAACACUUCGGAGAAAUAUGUCACUGUUCACGAAGAAAUAAGACAUCGUGUUGUAAUGGAAGAGGAAGACUGGUGCUCAGCGCUGGACAGCUACAAAGGACAUUAUUAUAAAAAAAUGAUCAAACGGAUGGAAUUCCACCUUGGCCGUAGUGUACAACAAGAGAUAUUACCGAACUAUUUUGAACCUGUUCUUGUGAAAGAACAUGUUUAUUCUGCUCCAGAACUUGAUCCAUCAGUGAAGGUCGUUACGGACAGAACUGUAUACGUGACCUGGAAAGAGCACACUCAUCCGGACUUGAAAGAACUUGAGAAUCAGUUUCAACAUGUGUUUGAACACAACUACAGCAAAUGUCCGACAGAAGAACCAGUAGAGCCGGUAGAACCUGAGCCUUGUGAAUUUACCGACAUUGACACAGAUUCUGAAUACGAAUACGAGAUACGAGACGAUACACCCCCAGGAUCACCCACUAUUCUUGAUAGGCCAAUUGGAAAGUGGCCUCUCCAAAUUUUACUGAAACUUCAUCAACGAUUCAAAAAGAGUGAAGUUGAUUUCGAAAAUUCCAAUAACUAUCUGAUGGCUGACCAUACAUUCGAGAUUCUGGAUCAUGAACAUGUAAUGGUGACCAAAUUUAAAGAAGAUGCAAGAAAAAAAGCCAAAGAAGGAAACAUCGCGAGGUUAACACCCCCACUAAUUUCAAAUAUGCACCCAACAGAUCUUGAUCCUGGAAUUUUUCACCGAUAUGCUCGGAUACAAACUUAUUUUAGUGGUAAUCUUGAUUCUACAAAAUCAUUAAAGGAAGCGAACGAAGACCGUGCAAUAAGACUCAUCACAUCUCCACAAACCAUGAGCCGUUUUUAUGAAAAUGCGAAAAAUUUCACAACUGCAUCAUCAUGGAACUAUUUUUUUGGUUUAGGACCGAGUAAAGAGCAACAAUUUGAGGAACCAAUCAUUCAAACACAGUUGUGUGUUGGAAAACUUUACUCGGGAAGAUCACCAAAAACUAAUCCAACAAAAGAAGAACAACGGAUCAAAACAAAUCUGCCAGCAAGCAGUGGUAUUCAGAAUCUUGUGAUGUCAACUAUUUCGGAAUCAAGGUUGCCUGCUGCCAUAAACCCAACAAAAAGUGUGUCGUCUGCCAAAGAACAGCAUGCAGAUGAACUUUCUUCAGUUAAGAGUGUAUGUACGGUUACUACAGAAUCUCAAAGAAAUUUUUUGAAAAAAUCCAAGGAAUCAUUGUCGGAACAAACCGUCCGGAUUGGUACUUUUGAUAUCAGACGUCUGGUUACUCCUGCUCAAGAACUGUCAUGUGGAGCCCCAUUUACGGAUAAACGCGUACUGGAAGAGUUCGUCGAAAAAGAGUCAUCCAUGAAAGCCGUAUCAGAAAUCAAGGAACAGCCAACCGAAAUGGAGUCAUCAGAAGGACAUGAUGUGGAGAACACCAUUCCGAUUAAACCGGAUGAGGAUGCAACGUCUUCAGAACUCUCACGUGACAAAAACAUUCUGGAUGAUCUCAUUGUCAAAGAGUCUUCAUUAGAAUUCUCAUCAGAGGGAAGAAUUUCUGAAGAAGAUAAGGAAAGGGAGAUGUCCGAAGAUUCGUCCAAACAUUCGUUUUCUGAGAUAUCGUUUCCACCAAACCAUGCAGAAUGUUCUUCGACUCCGCCAAAGAUCACAAAAAGAGAAUGGCCGGAUACAUCUGCCACUCCCAGGAGAGGUCUGAUGUAUUGUAAGCAGUCCAGUGAAAAACCACAGUCGUAUGAAAUGAGUUCGGAAGAAUCUUUUGUAAAAAAGGUUUGCAGACACCCAGUUCCCUCAAACGGCAGUUUGAAUAAAUCCAAGGAGAGAGAAAAAUCCAUCGAAUUAUUUUCUCACGAAACCGAGGCAAAUGAUUCUGAAGGGUACCGACGUUAUCUAGCAAUGAGAGCUGAAAACAGCUACGAAGGCAAUAUGCAUCAUGUUGUUAUUACGGCAAAAGAUCUGGAACGAAAUUCAUAUGAUAUCAAAAAGUUCAAAGACAAACAAAAAAGUUCUGAUCACGACUCAGAAUCGAUGGAGAGGGAGUGGUAUCACGAACCUUUCUCUCGAAGAAACUCUCCCAGAGAAUUAUCAAGAGAGCCUCCUUGCGAUCGGAAGUUUUCAGGCGAAUCGAAUGUGAGCAGAGAAAAGAACAAUGAGAAUUCAUACGAUGAACAACAUGAUCACGAUUCUACUGACGAUAACAACUCUGAUGAGAAAGAAGAAACGGGAAGCGAAUCCAGUAUUGAUGUCGAAAAUCAAAAUAUAGAGGAAUUGAUACGGGAGUAUAAUAGCAACAUGUACCGUGAAAGUAGCCUAGAACGAUUCCAAGAGGAACAAUACCUGUCAAGUGAGGAAGAUGAAGAAGAUGAACUUGAUGAACAAACAUCCAAAGGGAGAAGUGUUGAUUUGAUGGGAGCAGAUUUCACUGCAGAUAUAGAAGAACAACAUUACAUGUCGGAUGAGCAAGACAAGGAAGACAGAUUUAGAAGAAGAAGAAGUUCUGAUUUGAUCGAGGAGGACAACAAUGCAGAUAGAAAAGAAGAACAUUACAUGUCGGAUGAACAAGACGAUGAGGAAAGAUUUAGACGAAGAACUCUUGAUUUGAUAGAGGCAGACUAUACUGCAGAUAUACGGGAAGAACAUCAGAUGUCACAUGAGCAAGACGAUGAAGACAGAUUUAGAAGGAGGAGUCCUGAUUUGAUAGAGGCAGACUACACUGCAGAUAUACGGGAAGAACAUCAGAUGUCAGAUGAGCAAGACGAUGAAGACAGAUUUAGAAGGAGGAGUCCUGAUUUGUUAGAGGCAAACUACUCUGCAGAUAUAAAAGAUCAACAGUACAUGUCGGAUGAACAAGACGAUGAAGACAGAUUUAGAAAGAGGAGUCCUGAUUUGAUGGAUAUGGUCUACACAGCAGAUAGAGAGGAAGAAUGCAUGUCGGAUGAGCAAGACGAUGAGAACAGAUUUAAAAGAAGAAGUCCUGAAUUCAUAGAGGCAGACUACACUGCAGAUAGAGAGGAAGAAUACAUAUCGGACGAGCAAAACGAUGAGCACAGAUUUAGAAGAAGAAGUCCUGAAUUCAUCGAGGCAGAAUACACUGCAGAUAGAGAGGAACAACAUUACAUGUCGGAUGAACAAGACAAUGAAGACAGAUUUAGAAGGAGAAUUUCUGAUUCGAUCGAUGUGGAGGAUAUUGCAGUAAGAAAAGAAAGUUGGAAUGAGUCUCAAAAUGGAGAUGAAGACAACGAAGGAAUGUCUGGAUGGAGUACCCCACAACCGGUGAGGCAAGAAAAUGUCCAAAGAGCUUCAGGUGAUGAUGAUAUUCAGUUCAUAGAACAUCUAUAUUCACCGGAACAACUUGCGAACAAAAACUUUAUGGAUGCCAGACUAGCAGCAGCAAAAGAUCGAUUGAAAAGAGAGAAAGAACAAAGACGACGUGAACAACAUGCAAUCCGAGAACUGAAAGAGUAUGAAGCAGACGAAGAUCUUCUAACUGGGAAAUUUGCUCCAAGAAAGAUGGUCCCAGUCCAACCAAGUGAACUAGCAGACGCCGCCGUUUUUGCUAAACACCCUCGUCGAAAGCUUCCACCGAAAAACACGCUGGAGUUCACUCGCCAUCGGCAGAAAAUGAAGCGUUUCGUUGAAGAAGCUUAUGAUCUGCCACGACCAGUUAUCUAUCGGAUGAGAGGUUUCAAUUCAGAAAGGAUCAGACAGUUUCAUUCGAAACGGACUCGUGUGACACGUCAAAUCUGCAACAACAAGAUUACACAAUUUCAUUUGGAAGACGAGAAUACCGAUAUCAAGACAGUCCCUGAUAAAUCAUUGGCAGAGACCAUUGACAGUUACCUGGAAGAAUCUAAGAAGCAUAUACAGAAAUCCACCAGAUUCUACGAUCAUGUAUUGGCAACUGCUGUUGAAUACGAUAACACAGUAAAGAUGCUGCAUUUUGGACGAACACUCAAAAAACAUUCUUGCAAGCAGAAACGAUUGAAAUUUCAAAGCUCCUGGUGGUUUUCUCCCAAAAAGUACAGAACGAAGAAGCGUCCGAAGGGAUUUUUCAAAACGCCAAAGUAUUUUUGCUACGAAAUUACUUAUGAUAAACUGUUGUUUCGAAACCACGGAACUUUCUUUGACAAUCAACCAUCGCCAAUACACAAAAUUUAUCAAGAACUAAAACCUCGCCUGAUGAGAAGAAGGACAACGAACGACAUUAUUCUUGAUUCAUCCUACUUUGUGAGAGAAUUCUUUCUGGUCAAGUCGUCAAUUUCGCUUCGAAUCACUCGAUCAGCGGACAUUCCUUCUUGUUUCGCCCCGCCAACGCUCAGAUGUGGUUACUUCCCAUUUUCUGCCGUGUCUCUUAAAAACAAGAAGCACUAUUUAGCUGAACGGUUUAAAGAAGCUCAGAUGGAGUACUUGAAUCUCACAUAUCGCAAGAUUAUACCUCCCAAAGGCUUCAAGGCUGGAACCAUCACUAAAAACGAGCUGUGGACUUUCCAUAAACUUGGAAAACAUAUCCAUGGUUUUUUCGUUGUUUGGAUGGAUCGACAUAAUUACUACGAGGAUGGGAAAGGCACAACCGUAAACAGGCGUUAUUUGGUGGACAUGUUUAGCCACCAACACUUUCCAUUGCACAUUAAAUAUAGAUGCUGGGAGACACGGUUGAAAAUGGCUUUCGACAAAGUGACUGCCUACAACUUGAAUUUGGCUGAAGUGAUUAGGGCAAAUCGACCAGUUUUUGAUACUCUCUCUCAAAAUCCAUCGCUGCUAAAACCAAUUACCUUAGGAGAAAUUAUGUGCUCGCUGACCGAACAAGAUAUUAACCCAAAGUACUACAUAAACACUGUUGGCAAGCAGCAAUUGUAUGAUUGGGGACGAGGAAGUACUAAUGCAGAUUAUCUUUCUGCGUUUGCUAUUAUAUGUGGAGGAACAAAAGUGGCAAGACCCAUCAGAAAUUUCGAUUUGGAAAGAUAUCGAGUUUUCAAAACAAAUGCAAUGGAGACCGGUGUCUUGACGAAAAACGGAAAAUUGUUUCUUCUCCAUACAGCACACAAGCCGAAAGAUUUUCUCAUUCAUAUCGACAAUUUUGAACAUGAAGUAGAAUGUGAAAAGCUGCCUAUUCAUCCUCCAUUGUCAGCCGAAGGAGCAAACAUCACUAGAAUCAUUUCCGACACCCCGCAGAAUCCUACAUCCGUUCCAAAACCGAAAGCGAAGAAAGCUGUAAGAGAAAAGCGAAUUUGUUUGAACCGAACCGAAUUGAUUAAAGUACGGAAACGUAUUUAUAAUCUUCCGGAUACAGCACCAGUGAAAAAGGAGAAAAAGAAACAAAGGAAGCCACCUGGAAGAAAAGCAGACACUCGUGUCGAAAAAGGACUCCGAUCAAAUAAUUUUGAUUCAGCUUAUAUUGCUUCCGAUAUUGAAUCUGAAUACGAAGGUUAUUUGAGUAAUGAAGAAAUGACAAACGAAGUGCGUCCGCCCAGACUCGUUCGAUCGCAAUCUGCCGAGUCAUUCCAUUUGGAUAUCAACUACAUCGACUACCAUGUGAACGGAUUGUCUGCUAUGCACUCAACCAAAUUUGAUUUCGUCGACCAUCCAAUUGCGAAAAAGAAAAAGAGAAAGAUGAAGAGAAAAGUAACAAAGCAUACUGGUCGAUUCAGAGAGCUCCAAAAGGAAAGUCAUGCUUUCAAGGAAUUAAUGGAAUGUUAUCAAGGAAAUUUUCCACGUGGCGUGAAAGAAGUUGCUGUAACUAAAAGUUCGAUUCGCAACGGUACGUAUGACAGAAACAACAUUCCAAGAGCAUAUGUGAAAGGAGAUCAACCGUUGAUAGACAUUGUGUUCCGAGCAGUCAAAGAUUUGGUCAGCUCCGUUGUUGGUGAAAUGCAUUCGAGUGCUCGUCGUCAAAUUGGUAUGGCUCGUUUAAUCCAACAAACCUGCAUUUCGCGGAUUGAAACAGUGGAAAAUCUUCCGACAAACAAUUCACUCCCACUACCGGAUGCUCCAUAUUUAGCAAUGGAAAUGCUUGCUCGGAAAAAAAUAAUAGGACGAUUCAGUCUGGAGCAAGAAAAGACCAAUUUGAAAAAAACUGUUGGCAAGAGUGUAAAGAAGUACUUCUCCUUUCCAUCAUAUCAAAGAGAGUAUCUUUUCGAAUUGUCUAUGCUGAAGCGAAGUGACUUUGAGUUUCAUGCUCAUUGGAAACAUCUGAUGGAAAGGGAUACACAAUUUGAUAAAACUCUGAAGCUGUUACCGUUCGAUCCACAAAGUUUGCAAGCGUUGAACGAUAAAGAAGAAAAAAGAAGACAGUCGAGGAAACGUCAUGCAGAGAAAAUCGCAGCUCGGAAAAAACUGGUCAAAGCGAAUGCCACUGAAAGUGAUUUCGAAGCGCUUAACUUGGAAAUUGAAAGACGAGAAAAAGUGCGGGCAAAACAAGAACUUAUUGACAAGAUUCACGCAUUGAAGCUGAAGGACAACGUCAAGAAACUUCAAGAAAAAGCAGAGAGACGACAACAGAUGUUGGAAGACCAAAGAAUGAAUUCUUAUAUCAAAGAAUCAAACAGACGCGAACGUUCAUUCUAUCUUGCUGAGUUGGCAUUGGAGAAGAAGAAUGAAGAACAUGUAGCAAAAAUCAAAAGAAUGGCAGAGGAGGCAGAAAAAGCUCGACAAGAAAAGAUAAGGAAACAGAAAGAAGAAGAACUGAAAGCCGCGAGAGAAGCUGAAAAAAGAUUGGCUGAAGAAAAAGAGAAGCAAAGGUUGGCUGAAGAAGCGGCGAAGAAACGAAAGGAAGAAGAAAGAAUCCGGAAAGAGCAAGAAGAACUUCGAAAGCAAAAGGAAGCAGAGAAAAAAGAACGACAGUUACAAUUGGCCAAAGAAAGAGCCACCUCAAUGAAGCAUGCACGUGAUCUCAAUGAUUCAAGGCUUCUGAAAUUGACAGAGAUGAAAAUCAAGGAUAUUGAAGAACACCAGAAACAGAAGGAGUCAAAGAUGAAAUUGAAGGAACUGAGAGCUCAAAGAAGAAAACGCCGGUCAUUUGCGCCUGAAAGACACGAAAAGAAACCAUCAGCGGAACCUGGAUCUAAAGCCAAGAAAACCGAAGAAGUUCGAAAACCACCAGCCGUGUUGGGUCUUGAUGACUUGUCAAUAAAGAUUGCGGAGCAUCGUAUCAUACGGAGAAAGUUCAAAGAUUCUGAUCUUCUUCAAAUCCUUCGGGAAGCUGGAGAGGCUUUCUACCUGGCUCUCAAGCACAUCACCAGUCUGUCGUUACUGUUUUUCUAUUUGCAAAAUUACGUGAAUACCGAAAAAAGAUCCAUCGACGUUUCGGAAAACUUGAUCCAUUUGUUUGAUAACAUCGCAAAGAGUUUCAAGUGGCACAUUGCUGAGAAGAGAUGGUUUUUCGAUUACAACUUGACAUUUUUGUCCAAGAAUGUGGAUGCAAUCAUCAAGACUCAAAUCGAAAACUUGAUGAAAAACUCUGCGAUUCUACAUGAGAGAAAUGUGUCCAUUAGAGAAUCGAAUGACCAUAAUUCAACUAAUCAGGAGCCACGUGAUUUGCUACAACGAGAUAAGUGUCGCAUUCAACCCGGUGACGUCGAUGUAAACUUUUCCAAUAGAUUGAAUAUUUCUGUAAUCGGUGAAAACAAUGAAUCAUGGGUGAUGGGUCCUCCAUGGGUGCCGCCAGUUUCAACCAACACCAAGUUCUGGGAGCUCAUGAAUCAAAGUAGGAAUGCAAAGUCACUGGAAGAAGAAGUUCGUUGGAUGACACUACUCGAAAAACAUAUUUUUGGAAAUCAAGACUUGCCACUCAAAAGUGUCCAAUGGGUUUAUGCAAUUUUCGGGGUGUCCUGUGUCCUACUGACCGGAAAAGCUGAAGAUGCUAGUAUCGCAAUUGAUCCUGAUAAAACUUUUUUCUUGGAAUCUGAAACGCUCAAAAUUCCCGAGAACACAAGCUCCAUCGAAUCGAUUUUACGUCAUCUUGUCACCGCCUCCAUGUAUUUCCAAGAAGCCAACGUGUAUCCCAUCAACACAAAAGCACUUUGUAUUCACAGCGGAUUCAAAGAAGUGAUUACGUGUGUGAAGAAGGUUUAUCGUCACAUCAUCUAUAUAUUUGUUCGAUUCAAUGUCAUCAAUCGUUUCAAAUCUGGAACAUCAGUGGAGGAUGCACUUUGCGAAGUUUUUCUGGAGAUUGGUAACGAACUGCAAUCAAUGAUAGAAACUACUUUCAAUCUAUCUUCUUUGGAAGUCGAAAAAUUGAGACAAAGCGAAUAUCAUGCUUCCUUGAAUGCUUUUGCCGGUCGUGGUUUUGCGGUUCUUGGUGCAAAGCAUUCAGAAGAACAAAAGGAGUACACUGUCAUGAUAAACUCAGUUCUCAACUGGUACACCGCUUUCCGAAAUCAUCAUAACAAAGAAUACAACAGUCUCAAGACGGACAUCCUAGAACAUCUUCAAUGCGAACUCAAGGCUCGAGAGAAAACACCACCUGGAGAUGUGUUUGAAAGCAUUACGCCCUACACUGAAGUCCAAUGUGAUAAAUCAACUAUGAAGAACUGCGAGGAUGAGAACAAGGACACAGGCAACAAACUACCCGUUGUGAUAAAUGAUGAUACUCUCCACAAGGAGAACCGGCCAAAUCGUGAAACAACUAUUGUUGGAGAAGACGAUCCGCUUUCUCCAAUUGUUUCGCAAUGCGUGGAGCGCUAUGACAUCUUCCCAGAUGAACCUGCAGUGCGGGUUGGAGCAAGAUUCAUAAUCAAUCGCGAAACUGAUAACGAAUAUCGCAAUUUGUACAGAAAAUUGCGAGCUAUCGAAAUAAAAAAAGAAAAUGCAGCUCCAUCCAACCUGCCGAAGUUCGAAAAUUCAUAUGAGCAAUCUAUGUGGAGAGCAAUUGAAAGAUCAUUCUCUAUCAUCACUGAAAAAGAAAAAGAAAAGAUGGAGCCGUAUGAAUAUAUUCCACACGUCAACAAAACCAAGAACAGAUUCCACAUGUUGAUCAGAAAGACUAAGAAUCAAGAGAGCAUGUAUCCGCGAUUCAUUCUCCCUAGCGAUUGGACGGCGUUUGAAAAAUUCUACGUGGAGGAUGAUGUUGAACUCUUUCGGAAGGUUGAAGAUGAUGUUUUGACAAGCUUCAAGAACACAGUUCUAACAAAAGAAGAAUUCGGACGAAUGCAGUGGUCGGUGCCACAAAGACGAGGAACUCCCAUGCUGGCAAUCGAGUUUUUCUGUGACUUGGACAAAUACAGAUCACAGAGGUUGUUCAUACACCAGGUGUCUACUGGAGCGCUUCCUUUCAACUUCAAAGUAUACAAGCAUUUGUGGUUCAUGGGUAACUUACUACCAAUGACUUACAACCCGGACAGUCACGAACACGUGCCGGACAACGCCUGUGCUGGAUGUACGGAGGGAUCUGUUGUCAUAGUUCAUAAAUGCUGUUGCGUUUUCCAAAGGCAGGAUAAAUUCGAUAAUUUCAUUUAUGUGGAUACUACAAUGGAUUGUGAAAAUGAGGAUGUUGAACGACUGGUUGGCCGAUUUGUUUGCGAGCAUGGUCCGAGUUCCGUGCUAGUUUUGGUCAACAAAAUUAGAUCCGAAUUGUCUGGCCGAAGUUUUUUCGAAAAGGAUAUUGACCUUUCUCAACACUGGGAUUUCGAUUGCAAACUAAGAAUUAUCAAACGGAGAACAAUGCACGAAACUAUUCGCAGUAUGUUUGCAAAUAUGCCGCCAACAUCCACCAUGAUAUCAGAAAGUAUAUGGAAAGAACAGCCUCGGGAGUCGGAAGAUUCAAGUUCAACUCGGGCUUCAUCGAGGUCAAGUGCGUUGGAAAACAGUCCUUCAGUCGAGUUUGUCUCAUCAAAAGAAUCAUCACCGAUUUCAUCUUCGACUGAAUCAUCAUCGGACAUACACUCAAAAUCGCCGGCCAUAAAAUUGUCGCGAAGUUUACCUCCUCAACCUAUGAGAAUAAUGUCACCACUGCCGAGACUUCAAAAAAUCGCAGCCAGUGAGCCACCAAGACCAUUGGACAAUCAUCAUCAAGCAUCAUCAUUUGAGAAAAUCUCCUUCAGCAGCUCCACCCAAUCAUCACCAGAGUCUAUUUAUGGAAGCGACACAGAUUCAGAUACCGAGUUAUCUCAGUUCUUAGACACGUCUUCCUCUUCCCCUCAAAAGUAUCCUCCUAUCGUAUCGCCUUCAAAAGAAAAACCAAAAAUGAAACAUCAGCAUCUUUCGACCGACGUCGCAACCAACAGACCCCUGUUUUUUGAAGAAAAACCAAGGUUCCGAUCCAAAAGUGUGGAAUGCUCUUCAAGCGUCUCCAAAAAGAAACAACCAGUUUUUGCUCGUUCCUUGUCACAGUGUAGCCUGAAUGAUAUCAACAAGUAUGCCCGGCGGCGAAUGGAAAACACGAUCAAGAAGUACGACGACUUUGAUUUGACGGAAACACCUGGUGUUCGGAGAACUCGACAAAAACGUAUGCGCGCUGAACUUCUUGAUUCUCGGAUGUUUGAGAUUGGCGGCAUCAGCAGUUGUGAUGUACGGAAAAAGUGUGGUCUCAUCACCUCAAUGCUUGAAUGUGGUUCCAAUGACAAGGAUCAUGAAAUGAUAGCUGCACAACCCCGUUACAAAAUAAUAGUCGAUGCAGCAUCAAGAAACAGCUUCCAAAGUGUUCGUGGAGGUGAUAAGAAAAAUCUUCCGGAGUAUGAUGAAAGAGGAUACUACAAAGAUGGAGACGUGAUAUCUUUGGUCAUGAAUGAGUACCAUAGGUACCUCUCAUACGUGAAAGAAAAAUUGGCCGCUGCUCAACAAUUGAUGGAAAUAGUCUUGAAAGAUGCGAAAAAAUUAGUGAACUCCUCUGCGACUAUGAAACUUUACACAGCUCACGAUAAGAUUUUUAAUAUGAACUUGUUUCUUUUUGAACACUUACUCCAUUUGAUUUGUCAGCACACGUUCAAUCCAUUGGCAAUCUACUAUGCUGAAAAAAAUCAAGAUGUAAACUACAUUCGAAAAUCUUUGGAAACGCAGAAGAAAAACGUUCCUAUGGUUAUGGAUGCAUUCUUUAACAAUGAACCACUGAAAAGGCAACUUCGCGAGAUAGCACAGCUUGAAGUUCACUACGACACUGAAACAAUGGUCAAUUUAGCCCUGGAGCUUAGUCGUAUUGCAAUUGAAAGAAUUCGAAUUCCACAAAGUGUGAGACUAAAUCGAUUGAAUAACUUACCAUGGGUAAACGCUCAUUGUCGAUAUCAUGAUACUGUCGAUUUGAUGAGGCUCUUCCCAACUCACUGGUCCGUUUCAUAUGUAGAAGAAUUUAAAUUCCUUGCCGAAGCAAAUCAUUUCGACGCAAAUCAACUUUUGAUGCAACUGACUAACUUUGAUUACACUAAGAGGGCGCCAAUGGGAAACUUUUUCAAAGGAUUCAUAGAACAAUCGGAGCAAUUUUUUGGUGUUGUUGCUGAUUUGAUGCCCAGUAAAUGCAUUGAUAUCAAGAUGAAAGCUUUUUAUCAACACCAAGCCAUCACGAGAGUAUUUGAAGUCAUCAAAACACGGAAAACUAUGCUGACAAGCAGCGACUUGGAAGGAAUGAGCAUUAUGAAUGUUGUCGUUCUGUAUAAUGCGUUGAUUUCAAAUCCACCUUAUCAACGAUCAAUCUUAGACAGUGCCGUUUACUUGGAUCUACACUACAAAACGCUGAAAAAGAAAGAAGUGCAGUUUUUAAUCCAGCCAGCUCUCAUUGGAAUAACAUUCGCUUGUCUGGAGGAAAGAAUCCAUGUGUCGCUGGUGAAAGAAGAUGAAUUGAUCACUUCCAAUUCACAUCCUCUACAAAAUGCAAUUCUGAAUAAAAGCGAAAUCAGAAUGGUUUCAAAGGCAGAAAAUCUGAAACUUUCAAUGAUUGUCGAUAACGCAACCAACAGCUUAAGUAUUGCAUUCCACUCUCAGUCGGAUCCAGAUAGCUACGAUCGUGCUCCAUUUGGAUUCCUCCCGGCAAGACCUCGAGGGCUACCAACACCAUGGAAAUAUGUUUUAGAAAAAGUGAUCAAUCCUAACUUCAACCUGUUAAGCAGGUAUUUGAAACAACAAAUGUCAAUGCCAUCAAAAACAAACUUGGGUCGUGUUGAACAACCAGGAUUUAAUGCCGUUGAACAAAAAGAAAAUGUUGAACAAGAAGCAAUCGAUAUCAAUCCGGAGCCAUUGGAAACUGUUGUUCGUACCGUUAUACCAUUAAGAAAACCACGGGAGAAGGAAGAGCGUCAUGUUUGGUCGAUCAGCCCCUCAUUGGAGAUGAAACUCAAUCUAAUGAGAUUUCUCUAUGAUCGUCUUCCUAAAGAACUCUUGAAUGAAGCUAGAAAGUUCGGAGCAAAAGCAUACAAAAACUUUCUGUUUGCCACUGAAAAUGCUACUUCGAGAGAACGCAUGAACGUCUACGAAGAUUAUUUCAUGGAAUGUAACACGCUUGGUCAUGAAAGAGCGGAGAGAGUUUUUCAAUCGGUCUAUAACACAAAACUCACAAAAGAUAUGAAAUUACUGUUGACUCUUGGAUUUAACUCAUUUGCUGCCAGAUUUGUCUCAAUGGAUGCUGACAUUUUCAAGGAGGGGCUAAGACAGCUAUGCGAAAAGUAUGAAAUGCAACUUCAGUGUCAAUAUGGUUUUGGAGAAUCUAGAACUGCAAUCUAUUGGAGACUGGAUGACUUGAAAAACACAGAUGGUAACCUGCGCAUCUUACUUGACCGUCAAUGUCCAGAACCGGAUAUCGACAACACUGUAUAUCACUGUUUUUCAUCUGGAGUAGAAGAGUACACAAAACCUUGUUUUGAGGAAAUGUUGGCUUACAACUACACUCGGUACUCAGCUGGCCGAAGAAUAGCGAGAGUUCAUAUCAGAGCAACAAAGGAAGUAGCCGAGCUCACUGCUAAUAAGGACUUGGAAAAUGAUGAUGAUCAGUUUCUCUCAAUGAAAGAACAUGUACAAUCAGUUUUUGGAAAAGCACUCCGAAUGAUAGCUGAUAUUGAAGGUGAAAAGUGCGAGGCCUUGGAAAAAGUUCUGAAAUGUGUCAUGCCGCGUGUUGAAGAAAAAUGUGGUCGAGAAGCCGUGGAUAUAAUGCAAUCAAGUAUUCUAGUCGGGUACCUUUCAAUUCAAAGACGUGAGCCAUUGGCAUCUCAAUUCAAAGGAUUCAACAUUGAAUCUAGUAAAAAGUGCUUGAAACUACAUGACCAUAUUGAAUAA